GUGUGUGUGAGCGUGAGGGACGGGAGAGAACGCGCCUGUUGCAAAAAUUCAGUGUUGCACUCUUAUUCGUGACGAAAGGAUGUACGCCCGGUUGUAGUCGAAUGAAUCCGUGUACAUCAUCGCCCCCGCACAUGCCACGUGGCUCUGGAUCGGUGGAAAACUCCACGCUGGAAUCUCACGGCUUGCAGCUGCUGGAGAUGCCUGGAAAAGAAGAUUACGAGGAGUUGCGCGAGCUUCUGCAGUCAUGGGACGUCGCUGAUCUGCUGCCCCACCUGCAAGAUGAGGCCAUCAACGUGGACGAGCUGCAGAUGAUAAAGCGCCACCACGUCUCCGAGUUGCUGCGGAACUUCCGCUUCGGAACGCGCAUCCGCUUCGAGCACCACUUGGAGCGCUGGCGGCGCUGGCUGAACGUGCCCCUGCAGGGCGGCCAGGGGCAGGGAUCGACGCACUGCUCCGGGUGCCGCUGCUCGGAGGUGCAGGCCCAGGCCGUCUGCCAGGGACAGACGCCCCUGGGCAUGGGCCACGCGGCGGAGGGGUUGGAGGAAAUGGAGAAGACCGUGGACCUGGCCAAGGCGGUGCCGGCGCAGUCGCUGUUGGCCAGCAGCGAGCCCGGGGAGAUGCCCGUGCCCUUCCAGAUGCCCAUGGAGCAGACUGUCCCGCAGAUGGCCAACGAGAUGGCGCUGGUCAAGCAGGAGCUGCUUCCGGCGCAGCCACAGCGGGCAGCGGAACCGGAACCGGGAGCCGGUUCCUCCGGAGGAACCUCCGCCUGCAAGGAGGAGCCAGGAGCGGUGGCUGACCAGGAGGUCAGCAUCGUGGGCAUCCUUCGGGCCUCCGGAGCGAAGUCCCAGUCGCUGCUAGAGCGCAUUGGCCUGAACGAGCCCCUGGACGCUGUGCAGCGGCUCCUGCUCAUCCAGCUGGUGUGCAGCUACUACGAGGAGAACCACUUGCACCUGACCCUGCAGCGGAGCCACCUGCUGGAGCGCGAGAUCCUGCAGCUCUUCCCGCAGGAGCAGCUCCACUACUACCGCACCGAGAGGCGCGGCAAGAUCUACGUGCGGUUCACCAACAUGAAGCGGAGCAAGCGGCUCAGCUCCUCGCGCCAGGAGCUGAAGCGCCGCCGGACCGAGCUCAUCAGGCCGCUGCCCGCAGGACCGGCGCCGAGUGCCAACGCGACCUUCGGCCCGGACCAGAUCUCCAGUCCGGACCGCUCCGAUUGAGCCGGUUGAACAGCUAAGCCCAAAACCCUAACGUAGUGAUAAUCUUAGGCUAAGCUAUUCUCUCGGUGUGUAAUUUCUGUGUGUUAUAUCUGUGAACCGACCAUUUAUAGGGUACUUUGCGGGUCGACCCGAUCCGGCGACUGACGAAACUAAAUCGAAACUGAUUUUGGUUA